AUGGUUAGUGUCAGUGCUGCCUCAGUGGAACUAAGCUCCUACCGUGACCAACAUUUUAAAGGCACCCGAGCAGAACAAGACAAACUUCUACGCCUCUCAUGUACCCUCUACGUAGGCAAUCUAUCAUUCUACACCACUGAAGAACAAAUAUACGAACUAUUUUCAAAAUGCGGCGAAAUCCGUCGAAUCAUUAUGGGCCUGGACAAGUACAAGAAAACCCCGUGCGGGUUCUGCUUUGUCGAGUACUACAUUCGUGAGGACGCAGAAAAUUGUUUGCGGUACAUUAACGGUACCAGACUGGACGAUAGGAUAGUGAGGACUGAUUGGGAUGCGGGCUUUAUUGAAGGCCGUCAGUAUGGACGAGGUAAAACUGGCGGUCAAGUUAGGGACGAGUACAGGACAGAUUAUGAUGCAGGAAGAGGCGGAUAUGGGAAAUUAAUUCAGCAGAAAAUUGGAACAGAAGUUCCUUCAUUUUUACGAUAA